UAUCACAUUAGCUUGGUUAGUUAGCUAGCCGCGAAAAGCUUGAGCUUGACUGUGUACCCGCAGUUUUACAGUUUUAUUCUUCUUAACGCACAGAGAGGGCUUCGCAUUUUUGUUUGAUUAUUGAUUCUCACACCUGUAAGAAAGGAUAAUCGCCGCCCGGACCUUGUGUUUGCACGAAUCCCAAUGAUGAGUUAUGCUGAAAAGCCAGAAGACAUCACAAAAGAAGAGUGGAUGGACAAAUUAAACAAUGUUCAUAUACAGAGGGCGGACAUGAAUCGGCUCAUUAUGAACUACCUGGUGACAGAGGGAUUCAAAGAGGCUGCGGAGAAGUUUCGGAUGGAGUCUGGGAUCGAGCCAAGUGUGGACCUGGACUCCUUGGAUGAAAGGAUAAAGAUUAGAGAGAUGAUCCUGAAGGGACAGAUUCAGGAAGCUAUUGCACUCAUCAACAGCCUACACCCAGAGCUGCUUGACACCAAUCGAUACUUAUAUUUUCAUCUGCAGCAGCAACAUUUGAUUGAGUUAAUCAGGCUAAGGGAGACUGAGUCAGCGCUGGAGUUUGCCCAGACACAGCUGGCCGAGCAAGGGGAGGAGAGCCGCGAGUGUCUGACAGAGAUGGAGAGAACACUAGCCCUUCUGGCCUUUGACAACCCAGAAGAGUCGCCCUUUGGAGACCUGCUCAACAUGAUGCAGCGGCAAAAGGUAUGGAGCGAGGUGAACCAAGCUGUGCUGGACUAUGAAAACAGGGAGUCAACGCCCAAACUGGCUAAACUCCUGAAGUUACUGCUGUGGGCGCAGAAUGAGCUGGACCAGAAGAAGGUGAAAUAUCCCAAAAUGACUGACCUUAGCACGGGCACCAUUGAGGACCCCAAGUGAACAUAACAGACAACCACCUUCCAUGUCCCCUUAAUUUAUAAUCAGUCAGUGACUGUGUGACAACCAGGUAACAUAUAUGUAUAAACAAAUGCUACGUUGUUUUUUUUUUUUUUUUUUUUUUUUUUUCAUGUUUCAUUCAUGAGAGUUAAGACUUAACUCAUUGUGCAAACUGUAAAUUGCUGUAUUUGCAAAUCGACAGAUAAAUACUAAUCCUGGAUUUUUAGAUAGAUCUCGGAGACAACAAAAAAUUAAAAUUGCUGUUUUAUAUUUUUCCUUUCUUAAGCCUAAGCCAGUUGUAUUAUUUAUUGUGACCAUUUUCCCCACCAAGACUUCAUUUAGCCAGAAAGGGAGAUAGUGGUAUGAAAAAGUAUUAAUACUUUGCCGUGUGUGGAGUCAAAAGCUAAGCUCCCCUAAACCAAGAGGAGUUUGACUGUAAAGGUGUAAUCUUUGAAACGCGAUUGCCCUUUUUUCAGUGACGAUAUGUUUGGGUUGAGUGCACACACUGCAAGAAAUAGGUUUUUAAAUUAUACAUUUAAUACACAAAAUGCGAGUAUUUUUCAAUUAAAUGGCAAGAUACACUUUAUUAAUGCAAUGGACUUUUAAUUGAUGUAAUAUUUUAUGAUUUCAUUUUGUAUUGUUUGCAGAUUUGCUAUAGAAUCAGCAACUUGCUUUCUUCGCCUUGAAAUCUGAUUGUACCUUUUACAAUACGUCUACGGGAUGAACUGCCCUGCAAAAUUAUAAUUUCACAAGUGCGUUUGAGAGGAUGAAAUAUGUCCUGACUGACGGGUUGAAAUCAGAGAUGGCUUUCUGACUGAGUUUAGCCCCUCAAGGCCUUUUCUAAGCUACAGUAUGCUCCGCCCUCAGCAUGCGCCAUGUGGUUAUGUUUGUUUUGAUGUUACAAAGCGUUGCAGUUAGGAUCAUGUUCUGCAAAUCCCAUUGAUGCUUGAAAAAAAAAAAUAAAAAAAUCA